AUGAAAGACGUCUAUCGUGUUCUGCUUGCUCCCAACUACCUAUUUGGGGCUGUUGCGGUGGUGGGACUGCUUUAUUUGCUUGGCCAUUACAUUCGAGAUCCUCUCUCUCAGGUGCCCGGUCCGUGGUAUACCAAAUGGACUUCCCUCGUAAUAAAGUAUCACUGGUUGAAGGGGAACCGAGCGCAAUACCAGCAUGAACUACAUCUCAAAUAUGGUCCUCUUGUCCGCCUCACCCCUAACGAAGUAUCCGUCACCAACAUCGAAGCUGUCAAGAAAAUCUACAAUGCUCGAGAGACAUAUCGAAAAACGUCUUGGUAUGGCGACUUGUCCGUCACAACGGAAAACCUCUUCAACACCACUCGCGUCGAGGUACAUCGAAGACUACGAAGGCUUCUCUCAGGCGCAAUGUCCGAAACGUCACUACAAAUUGCUAUUCCCCAAGUGCAGUCCAAAGUUGACCUUGCGAUACAAAGAAUGGGCGAGGAGAUGGAAAGCAGAGGCGCUGCGGAUGUCAUCAAGUGGUUUCUAUUCAUGGCGACAGACAUCAUUGGAGAGCUCUCCUUUGGCGACUCUUUCAGGACCUUGGAGAUUGGCGAGAAGAGCGGCUACACAAAGGAUUUGGAGAAUCUGGGAUUCCUUGGAGCUGUCCGCUCGGCUUUCCCGACAUUAAUCUCAAUGGCGAAAUACCUCCCCAUUCCGUUCUUCACACGCCCACUCCAGGCAACGAGGAACAUGAUUCGUUAUUCAGAAGAGUCCAUUGCGCGUUACAGGAACCUUCUAGACUCUGACCCUACGAGCGUCAAAUGGACCCUGUUUACCAAAGUCUUCAAAGACACGGACAAAGACGCUCUUACACCAGUGGAGCUCAGGGCCAACGCAUCAGGAUACAUUGUUGCCGGCAGCGACUCCACAGCCGUCACGCUCACAUACCUUGUCUGGUCCGUUUGUCGCAAUCCAACGGUCAGGGCUGCUCUUCUGGAAGAAUUGCGAACUCUCCCAAACGACUUUAACGCUUCUCACCUCCGUGACUUGAGUUACUUGAACCAGGUGAUUGACGAGACGCUGCGUUUGUACUCUGGCAUUCAAUCCUCCCUGCCUCGAUAUGUCCCCGAGGGCGGUGACGAUGUUGCCGGAUACUGGCUUCCUGGGGGCACGAGCAUCUGCGCACAGGCAUACAGCAUGCAUCGCAUUCCCAGCGUGUUUCCGAAUCCGGAUGUCUUUGACCCGUCACGAUGGGCAUCGCCAACGCGAGAGAUGAAAGAUUCUUUUAUGCCCUUUGGCAAUGGAUCGCGAAUUUGCAUCGGAUUGCAUCUUGCCCGGAUUGAGCUGCGUUAUGCGACCGCCCGCUUCUUUUUGACAUUUUCAGAGGCCAAAGUGUCGACGCUUGAAGGCUUUUGCGAUGAGGAUAUGGUUCCCAAGGUCUUUUUCUUUGAAGAGCCAAAGGCUAAGCGAUGUCUCAUGCAGAGGUGUUGAGUGAGGAAUCGAAUGCCCCUAUAGCGAAAUUUUGCCAUGUCGAUGCUUCAUAUGGAUCACCAAUUAGCAAGGUGAAUGCCGGUAUAAUUGUUGGUUCUUGAAUUGACCUCUUUCUAAACCAUCUGUCGGUAUAGGAAGUUGGAAACUACUUUGCAUCUCUAAAAUUAGCAUCUCUACAAAAAUCUUGUGAUGGUAUAUGCCGAAAUAGAAUGCAUCAAUGCAAUGCACAACACAAAGGGGAAAAUCGUCCGUGAGCAGCCACACUGCCUCAGCAGGAUCAAGCCUUUGUGUGUUUUCGCAUCAUAUUAUAUGCCAUGAUCUUGAUGACAUCCUCUGUAGGCGUGGGUUCGAG